AAUAAGCCAUUUCACAUAUCUCGAAUAUCUCGAAUUUCCCAAGCGCAGUGUCAAAUUUUCAACAUGUCGAUAUCGAGCGUUCAGACCAUUCAAUCGAACACCUCAGCGGCGGAUGUCCUGCGGGGUAGAAAAAUUCCAGUUCAUCGCCUCAGCUCGAAGCUGGUGGCCAAGGCACAGGACAAGGCUAAGAAGGUGGAGGAAUUCCUGACCAGGGUCAAGUCCACUUCGAUGAUUUCCUUGUCAGGACUUGCUACCCGCUACGAAUCCAAUUGCCUUCAGGAGCUCAACGAGUGGUAUGAGCCGAGGAUCAAGUUCUACGACGAGGUCGAUGCCAGCUUGCAUCCCAGCUACGAAAUAAAGCAUUUCCAAUACGAUCUUAAUUGCUAUGUACGGUAUCUGGACGCCAAGGAGAAAUAUGACAGGCAGUUCCUUCAGGAAAUGGAGCACUUCAUUGCGAAUCAACGCAAUAUCUGCGACCAGUUCUUUCUGAAGAAAAUCCUGUGCUAUAAAACACUGUGGCCGCCACUGCAUACAAAGCGGGAAUUAAAUAACUUUGUCUCAAAAUUCUUUCAAAUGACUACCAAGCAAAAACGUCGCGUCGAGUAUCUGUUGAAAACGGAUUUAAGUCUGGGUUGCUAGAACUUAUCAAAUUGCAAAAUAAAUGAGGCUUUUUAUUCCGCUUGGAAACGGUUUAAGUAGCACAUUUAAUUUUGCAAUUAUUCUGUGCAAAAAUUAUGAAAUUACUCUAUGAAAUAUUGUACAGCCAAUAAAUUAAACUAUGCAAUU